GCCGCCGACGGUGAUCAGACACCGCUCCCGCCAUCCGUGCAGGUCCGCUGCUGCCGUGGGGUGCUGUCCGCGUCUGGUGACCUGGAACUGUAGGGAGUCCGACAUGGCAAAGUCGACGACGAUCGGCAUCGACCUGGGCACGACCUAUUCCUGCGUGGGGGUGUUCCAGCACGGCAAGGUGGAGAUCAUCGCCAACGACCAGGGCAACAGGACCACGCCCAGCUAUGUGGGCUUCACCGACACGGAGCGUCUGAUCGGAGACGCGGCCAAAGGUCAGGUGGCCAUGAACCCCAAGAACACAGUGUUCGACGCCAAGCGUUUGAUCGGGCGCCGCUUCGACGAUCCCAAGAUCCAACAGGACAUGAAGAACUGGCCGUUCGCAGUCCUCAACGACGGAGGCAAGCCCAAGAUCCAGGUGGAAUACAAGGGCGAGAUGAAGCAGUUCACGCCGGAGGAGAUCAGCUCGAUGGUUCUGACCAAGAUGAAGGAGACUGCUGAGGCCUAUCUUGGCAAGAACAUCAAGGACGCCGUCAUCACGGUGCCUGCCUACUUCAACGACUCACAGCGCCAGGCGACAAAGGACGCCGGCAUGAUCGCCGGCCUCAACGUCGUGCGCAUCAUCAACGAGCCGACAGCUGCCGCUCUCGCCUACGGCCUGGACAAGAAGCUGAGUGGCGAAAAGAACGUGCUCAUCUACGAUCUGGGCGGCGGCACAUUCGACGUCUCGAUCCUGGCCAUCGCUGACGGCUCCAUGUUCGAGGUUCGUUCCACCGCCGGCGACACGCACCUCGGCGGCGAGGACUUUGACAACAAGCUGGUGCAGCACCUGGUCGAGGAGUUUAAGCGCAAGCACAAGAAGGACAUGACGGGCAACGCGCGCGCCAUCCGGCGGCUGCGCACUGCCUGCGAGCGUGCCAAGCGCACACUGUCGAGCAGCACCGAGGCCAACAUCGAGAUCGACGCUCUGUUCGAAGGCAUCGACUUCUACACCAAGGUGACGCGCGCCCGCUUUGAGGAGCUCAACAGCGACUUGUUCCGCAGCACGCUGGAGCCGGUGGAGAAGGCGCUGCGCGACGCCAAGCUGGAGAAGGCCGCCAUCCACGAGAUCGUCAUGGUCGGUGGCUCCACGCGCAUCCCCAAGAUCCAGAAGUUGCUGCAGGACUUCUUCAACGGCAAGACCUUGAACCUGAGCAUCAACCCAGACGAGGCGGUGGCGUACGGCGCGGCAGUGCAGGCGGCCAUCCUUGGCGGAGACACCAGCUCGGAGAUCCAGGACGUGCUGCUUGUGGACGUGGCGCCGCUCUCGCUCGGCAUCGAAACAGCCGGUGGCGUCAUGACCAAGCUGAUUGAGCGCAACAGCCGGAUCCCCUGCAAGCAGCAGCAGACCUUCACCACGUACUCUGACAACCAGCCAGCGGUCAGCAUCCAGGUGUACGAGGGCGAGCGUGCCAUGACCAAGGACAACAACCUGCUCGGCAAGUUCGAGCUUACCGGCAUCCCGCCGUCGCCCCGCGGUGUUCCCCAGAUCGAGGUCACCUUCGACGUCGACUCCAACGGCAUCCUGAACGUCAGCGCUGAGGACAAGUCGACCGGCCGCACCAAUAAGAUCACCAUCACCAACGACAAGGGCCGCCUGAGCAAGGCGGAGAUCGAGCGCAUGCUGGCCGAGGCGGAGAAGUACCGCGAGGAAGACGACAAGCAGCGCGAGCGCGUAGCAGCGCGCAACCAGCUGGAGAGCUACGCAUUCUCUGCGCGCCAGGCGGUGGAGGAGGCGGGCGCCAAGGUGUCCGAGUCGGACCGGCAGCUCGUCAAGGACGCCGUGGCCGCCACGCUCAAGUGGCUCGACGAGAACUCGCUGGCCGAGAAGGACGAGUUCGAGCACCAGUACAAGGAGCUGCAGGAUAAGUGUCGGCCGAUCAUGACCAAGAUGGCGCAGGGUGGCGGCCAGCCGCAGGGCCCCACUGUCGAGGAAACCGACUGAGGCCAGCCGCAGGCCCUGGUGUAACGAACUGGGGAAAGGCGCGCAGCGCGCACGGGCGGCUGACAAUAACGGCAUGUGGUGGCCUUCCAAAACAGGGAUGCGUCUUAACCUGGCUAGAUGCGUUGUCAACGUUGUUAUGUUGAGUUGUUUGAUGCUGCAUGCCACAAACAGUAAUUUACGCGUUAUAUUGUGGGCUCCUCUGUGAGCAGAAGUUACAAGGUUUUUGUAACCAUGUCGUGUACGAUUGUAGGCGUAAGAGAUAUUUGCGUCAGCAUGUGGCAGCUUCUCGACGUGCGCUACGAGCUACUAUAAAUAUGUUAAUAAAUCAGAUCGGAUCCUACGAUGAUACUGUGAAGUUCGUUGAAAUUCGCCCAGCUCGUUCCGUUCCUGGCAAUCGCCAUCCUAGAACUGUCGCUUCAAAACAUACAGAGACUUCUGGAGUACUGCUUUAACAACCACAUCCGUUUUGGACACAGAUUAUUCAAACAAACUCAAGAAAUGGCCAUGAGGAGAGGACUGACAUAUAUAUAUA